CUUCACUUCGCAUCAGAGCUGCGAUCAUCACUGAACUAUCAUCUUCCUUCGUAUCGCAGGUGUGUAGAAACAGAACAAUAGCAUGAACAUGACGUGGAAGGCUGCGGUCGCUCUCUUGGUGGUAGCGGGGCUCGGGGUAGCCUCGGCUGCUCUCGCAGAACCGAACCUCGCUGGCUGUUACCCUCAAUGGACCGAGGAAUUUUCCCGACCGGUCUGCAGCGACUGCUCUAAGAGUAAACAUGCACAGGAAACUUGGCAGUGCUGGAGCGGCAUGUACUACAUCUAUUUCCCCAAGAAGUUGACCAAGGCGGAAGCCUUAAAAUCCUGCGGGCCUUGGGAUGAAGCUGUGUGUCAAGGCGAGUAUGUUGGUGGAACAGAUAAGUUCCAAUGGCGAACCACCCUUGCCUCCUCCCCGUUGAAGGGUGAGCUCAACGAUGCUAUUUUGCCUGCCUUCAACAAAGCUUGCCUCAAGCCCAAGACCAAUGGCAAAGAUCUGUUCUGGAGCGGGGGCAAAAGUAUCAGCCGUGGGCAGCUGGUAUUUGGCGAUGGCAGCAGGGGUGCGACAUCUAUCACUUCGCUCGGGAAAGGUGAAUGCGUCGCUUACAACGGCAGCGACGGCAGCAUGGUGAAAGUAUCAUGUAGCGCGAAGUUACCCUACAUGUGUAAGAUCCAACCUCCAAGUCAUUAGAGGAAUCUAGAUGAAAAGGAACGGCGAAUGCCAUGACCAACAGAAAAACCACUUCACCUAUUUGGAUAGAAUUUAAUCAAGAAGGGGGGGGGGAGCUGAGCCAUAAUGUUAAAAAAAAAUCCAUCAGUGCACUUUCUGUACAGCCAUCCAUAGUAUCGUGGCUGUACAUUAUACCUCUGUAUGGUAUAUGGUAUCUAUUUUCCAAAUCACAACCUAAAAACAAUACAUACAAAAUAGAAAAGUACAUAUAAAGUCGAGAAUAUAGUGAAUGGAUGGAAAGCCCAUUCAGCUUUGUUAGCGUGAUAACAACAUUCUUCCUUGGGGUCUAUAUAUCAUUCAAGAUUAGUAUUUUUAGUCUACGUUGGUAGAGGAGAGCUCCCACAUGCUUCCGAUCACUAUUCUUUGGUGGCCAUUUCUCGUCCCAAAGAUACUAGGUCGCUGCAGAGUCAGACUUUCAAAUAAGACCCUUACAAUUCUCGCCAAAAUCAAGGUCUAUAUAUGCUACUUCAAACCAAAUCUACUAAUGGUUUCUUUAAAGUUAACGUGAUAAGGAUAAAAGUCAAGAAGUCAUAUAGAUGAUCCUUAAUAACAAACAGGCUUACCAAUAAUAUACAAGGCUUUAAACUUUAUUUAUUUUAUCAUUAAUACUGAAUUAGGUCGAUCAGCAUUCGUUAUUACGUAUUUUCCUCAUCAAAUCACUGAAAAGGUGUCACUUUCGUUUCGUAAUGUAUCGUUCUCGUUUAAUAGUGUGUACGCUAACAUUGCAUCAGAAAUGAUCAUGUCCAAUUUUUGAUUUCGAGAUCUUGUUCAUUUAUGUAUAAUACCUGAGGGUAUUAAUAAAGAGAUUGGUCAAAAUCAUCUUAAA